AUGAAGUCUGCGGCAUCCCACUUUCUUAACGCCUCAUAUACUCGAGAGUCUACAAUAACAAGGGCGGCAAAUAUCAAAUGGGAAGAAGAAGAAGGAAAAAAGAAGAGUAUUCUACCUUUCUCUAGUAUAAAUAUGGACGAUAUUGAUCUUCGUGAAAAACAAACGUCUUUAUCCAGAACUAUUUUUGUACCUCGGCCUGUUUUUCUCGCCCCACUUCUCCGUGCAUCAAGAGUGGGAGAUUCCGCUGUUCUUCUUGAUGGAUUUCCCUGCGCUACUGUUUGUUUUUGUGGUCGUGUUGUGCGAAUAGAAGGGCCUCAUUGUAAUAAAAGUGCUUCAACCGUGCGGCCCUAUACCGCUAUACUUCUUUCAGAUAAUACAGGGAUCAUUGCCGUUAUGCAGUAUCACAUCUCUAAAGAUAUGAUGAGUCCUCUCUCUUUGGAAACAGAUGGAGUUUCGGAAGAGGCGGCAUUUGUAAGUCCUAUUCCUUCUACUAUGGAAGCAGCAUGCACAACAACAACAACAGCAGCAGGAGGAGAAUCCUUUGAGACAGAUGAGAUUCCGAUACGUGAGAAUGAUUAUGUUUUUGUUUUGGGAAGAUUAGCUUUUCCUGAUAAUUCGAAAGAGGUUCGACGUGUUGUACAAGGCGCGUUGGAAUUUGUUGCCAAUGAUGUUUUAUUAAACUCAGAUAAAUGCCUAUGUGUACGAGGAAGUGUUCGUCUUAUUAAUGAUAUGAAUGAGAUUCAUUACUGGGCACUUAGUGCGCUGGAAACACAUAAACGUCUCUUGUCAAAAAAGGUGUUAUGA